AUGCCCCCCUCCGCCCGCCCACUCGCAAGCCUACCAAGAAGGCCGACACCCACGACGCCCGCAGCUAACCGCCCGCCAUACACACCCGCGAAAUACCUCUCCACAGGCUCCUUCUUGACGCCGCAGCAGCUAGUGGACGAGUAUCAAGAGUUCGCAAGCAGCUUGAAAUACGUAGCCACCGCGCCCGAGCUGGUGUUUGAGCGUCUGGUUGCAAGCUUGAAGGAUGCGUUUAAUGCUGCGGUUGCGGUUGCGGUUGAGGUGGAGCGCCGGAAGGGUGUUCGGGAGUGGGAUGAUAAGGUGGUGGAGGUGAAUUUGGUGGCGAAGUUGGGGAGUGUUGGUAUUGGGGAGAAGGGGGAGAAUGGGGUGAAGGAGGUGAAUGAAGUGAAGGAGGUGAAGGAGGUGAAGGAGAAGGAAGCGAGAUUGGUGCUGAAGUUGCAGAAUCUUGAUAUCAUACAGAAGGAGAAGGAGAAGGAGAAGGAGAAGCAAGCGAGACUGGUGCAGAAGUUGCAGAAUCUCGAUAUCGUACAGGAGAAGGAGGAGAAGGAGAAGGAGAAGGUGGAGAAGGAGGAGAAGGAGAAGGAGGAGAAGGAGAAGAAGGAGAAGGAGAAGGAGAGGGAGAGGGAGAAGGAGAAGAAUGCUUCAGGCGUUAAAAAAGACUCAGUGGCUACAGGUACGGUGGUUAAAUCCGACGCCAGUUCUACCGUAAAGCCUUCAAAGUGUAGGAAUCUGUUGGUUGGAAAGUAUAGCAGCACUUUAAAAGGUGUAUCGACGUGCGACAUUGGAUCUGGCAAGCACUUCCAUUUCAGCAGCUUUGAAAUACCGUUGAAACUCCACGGGUCUUCGCCUGGAACGCGUCACAGAACCCCACCGAUAACAUUUACGAAACUGAAUUUCAAUACUCCCGUACAGCGCCCGAGUUUCUCAAGCACCGACCAUAGCAUACACGUUCCUGCCCAGACAAGCUACUCGCAGUCGCUCGAGGUAGGCAUCAACUGGUUAGAAAUCAGCGGCAGCGAACCAGAUUUUCAGCACAGGAUAGUCGAUAACGGAAGUUAUAAUUGCCUCACCCGGAAUGAAUUUCGAUCUACUAGGGAAAUACGUGUUCAUUUCAUGCCCCCGUAUACCGUAAUACCGCACGUUGCGGUGUGGUUCUCUGAUUUCACCCGCGAGGAAAACAAUGGCGAGCGGCUCGAAGCAAAGGUCUAUGCGACCGACGUCACUAGGACAGGUUUUAUGAUUAAUGUUAUGAAAACCAAGCCGGAACGCUUCUUGGAACCCAUUAUCACGUGGUUUGCUUAUUCCGCAACUAGAAAGGAUGUCUUCAAGGGCACGUUUAGCACCACAGCAGUCCGUCCGUGGAACAAGAAACCGCACACAGCCGAUUUCGGGUACGAGAAAUUCCACAGCUACGGACUCACUUCUCCGCCUCGUAUUCUGAUGGGGUUUGACUCGCUGGAUGUCGAUGCGCCGAAAGGUUCCGUAGAGGUUGAGACGGGUGUUGCGGAUAUAACAGAGAAGGGAAUGUCGUGGCGUAUCAAUGCUUCUAAACCCACGGAACUGAAUUCAGCUAGUGUCACUUAUCUGGCGUUUGCAUGA